AUGACAAGUAAAGCCUUCAUGAUCGGCACUUCUCUCCUCAUCGGCGCUCUAACAACCGCCAUCGGGUUCUAUCUGUACUCUCACGCACAAGAGCCAAUAUCGCCACCGUCAGCACUGGACAUUGACUUCGAAGGCGAUCUGCCGCCGACUGGUACUAGUUUGCGAGUAGGGUCGGGGAGUGUACUUCCUCAGAUCGUCACGGCGCCUACACCCGAGCCAGACAGAUCCAGAGGUGCCUCCAACGCCGGAAGCGACCCUGCCCCCGGCGGCGCCCACCCCACCGUCUUCGCUUCCAAACCUGCCAACGCACAAGACGCAUACGACUAUCUCACGGGCAAGGAUUCUCCCUUCCUCAACAAAAGGGCAGACGGGAGGGUUGUUGACAUGCUGUAA